AUGUAUUUGUGUUCGCAAUUUCCUUACUCUUUGCCUCCUGCCGGAACAUGGAUUAAUAAGUGGAAAUAUUUCCAGCAUGGUGCCUGUAGCUGUUCUCCCCUGAAAUAUACCCACGUCGACGUUGCUCCCCACAUUCCGAAGCCACACGACCUUCCCUACAGCGGCAAUCCAGUCCUGGCGCUUGCCUACUGCUACCUAAUCCAAGGCAAGUGCCUGACCGUCAGAAACGAUCUACCCUUCGAGAUGCAGUACGUGUGCGAAGCUGACUGCAAGCCGGUCUGCAUCCCCCCUUGUCAGCCGUGUGCCAUGCCUUGUGACCCCUGCUGCACCCCCUAUCCGCCUCCCCGUCAAUGCUCUCAACCCGAGGACGGAGAUCGAUCUCCUCAGCAUCCCUAUGAUUCUGGCUCUCCGGCACCAUGUCAACCCUGUGAUCCCUGCUGUCAGACACCUCCACCCCCGCCUCCAGGUUAUGGAGACCAAUGUCCAACUGCCGAACAGAUUUGCGUGAUGGAACCUGUGUGCAGGCCAAACGUCAAGCGGAAUGGGCUCAACUCAUGCGCUUAGAGGAACUUCGUAUGACUGUGUAUCGCAGUGUAAGAAAAUGAAAUGGAAUUUAAAAAAUUCUAAUAAUUCAG